AUGGACAGCCCCGACUGUGAGCCGAAUGCAAGGACUAGGCACUCUCAAAACACAGUGUGUCCUCCACACGAACACGAAGACGGUUUUUCCAUUCAUCCUUCCAACGAGCUGGCAGAAAAAUUGCUAUGGGCCGAAGAUAUAUUGGCCCAGGAGCCCCAUCCGAAGGCUCAUGAUGAUCCCUGUGAACCACUGCCUGUAGGCCUAAAGGGACUAGAACAGGUCCAUCCCGACCUUCCGCAGCCGUCGACUCAGAUAUUGGGAUUAUAUUCGACGCUUUGGGAUUGUUAUUCCGCAAAGAAAGCUCAUAGCCAGAGACUCGAAACGGAAAACAAGGCGCUUCGUGCAACUAAUAUCCAUUUGUCCCAGGAGAAAGAGAUUUUAAAACAUCGAUACGCCAACCAGGAAGCCUUGUUGGUCUACUUCGAGCAAGCCUUUGAAAAUCUUCGCCUUGGUAUUCUUGGAAUUUGCAAGGACUGGGAAGGCUGCUCUCCCGGGCCUGUUUUUGAGCAUGGUUCUGCUCAAGCCAUUGGCGAUUCAUGA